GACGAUCUGUCCAAUAAAUACCACAUGGGGCCCCAAGAUGAGCUAGAAUGUACUUCAUCCCGCCCUCCCUCAUUUACUCACCCUUGACAGAGUCACAAUCCAGCCAUCAUGGAGACCAAGUUCGAGAAGUUGCCCCAAUACGACGAGAGCCACUCGGACUCGACCAGUCUCUACUCGGAAUCCGGAGGCCUCUUGGAGAAAGAUGCCCCGAUCCCGAAGAGAAAGUCUGCUUGGAGAAGAUGGAUCAUGCCUGCCGGACACCUUGCCCUUUUAUCACUAUACAGCCUGAUCUUCUUUGUUUUGAUGCGACAUGCACGCAGAAUCGAGAAGCGCAAUGAGCACGUCGUCUACUCACCUGCCCAGGAGGCUGUCAAGUUGGAGGCAAUGGAGUUCCAGGGACAGCUUCGAAUCAUCAGCCCCUACCAGGGUGACCCGAGUCCUGAAUUGGAUCAGGCCUGGAAGGAACUUCUGCAAUACUCAAACAUCUGGGUGACGGGGGAAGAGUUAUCCAAGAUCAACAAGACCUCGAUCCCCGUCCCCGGGGAGGAGGACAAGUAUUGGGUAGAGCUCAGUGUGGUGCACGAGCUACAUUGCAUUAAACGUCUUCGUCAAUACAUCCACUCCGAUUACUAUUUCGCCAACAUCUCCGCCGAGGACCGUCGCCUGAAUGACCUUCAUACAGACCACUGCCUGGAGAUCCUCCGACAGAGCGUCAUGUGCCAUGCCGACAUCUCGAUGAUCACCAUGACCUGGGAACCCACCAGCAAAUACCCCGCGGCGGACUUCCAGAACGUCCACGAAUGCAAGAACUGGGACGUGCUGUACGAAUGGCAGAAGCAACGGUCGGUCGAUAUGAUGAAGCCGGGCUUCUUGGUCCAUCCUUACCUUGGCGUGCCCUUCCCCGAUGGAUAUUACCACGGCAUCGGUGCUGCGGAUCCAGAGAACGCGAUUGGAAAAGGUGGGGAGGAUAUGGAUUGAUUGCGAUUGCUCUUCUAGAGGGGUUGUCUGCGGGGAACUAUGAUAGAGGGGCUGGAUGGUUCAUACUGGUGGGAAGCUGCUGUGCUCCGGUUAAAGGGUGUAAAAAGACUUGCAUGUUGGAAGGGUCUCGACAGGAAUGUUUGUGGUGUG